AUGUCGAUAAAAAAAUACCCCCCCAAAAAAACAAAAACAAAAAACAAUUGUUAUUUUUUCACUGUAAACGACUUCUUUCUUUCUUUCUUUCUUUCUUUCUUUCUUUCUUUCUUUCUUUCUUUCUCGUUUGAAUUUUCGGUUUUUCUUUCUUUUUCUUUUCCCAUUUUUCCUUCACUUUUACUAUUUCUCUCUCCACCAAUACGUUCUUACUUAACCCACAACCUCACUCCACCGGCCCUAUCUUCAUUCAUCCUCACCACUUUCAUAGGCUUCCUCUUUCAUACCGGUCGCCAGGGGGCGCUAACUAAUCUCAAGUGCUUACCGUGCCAACAGCGUGAUUACUGUCUUCCAACGCGUGUUUUGUCUCUCCUUCCUUCCUUCCUUCCUUCCUUCCUUCCUUCCUUCCUUCGUAGCAUCCUUUUUCUUUCUUUCUUUCUUUCUUUCUUUCUUUCUUUCUUUCUUUCUUUCUUUCUAACGUUUCCCUGCUUCGUUGUACAGAUUUUUACUAUAAUUAAUUCAGCUCAUUACAAUAUAUCUAUCGCAAACUAUUCAUAUCUAUCUAUCUAUCUAUCUAUCUAUCUAUCUAUCUAUCUAUCUAUCUAUCGUAUUUGUAGUAUAUUGACAGUAUCUGUUAUCUAUCGACACGAUUUGCCCGAUGGUUUAAAUUGCGUGACUGAGUUAGUCUUUCUUUCUUUCUUUCUUUCUUUCUUUCUUUCUAUCUAUCUAUCUAUCUAUCUAUCUAUCUAUCUAUCUAUCUAUCUAUCCAAUUCUAUUCAUAUCUAUCUAUCUAUCUAUCUAGCUAGCUAG